ACCGCCCGCGUGGCCCCGUUCCCACGGCAACCGCCGAGCGGCCACCGGCUCGGGAAGAUGUCCGCCGAGGGCCGGCGCUGUGCUGCGGGCUUCGCUUUCCGCUCUCUGCCCCAGAAAGUUUUCCCAUGCCUGGAGGACAGGGACAUCCGCGACCGACUCCUCAAAUGGUCCAUGCACGGCGGGAUCACAGUACAAGCGUUUAGUUUUGACCAGCAGUUUAAGCCCUAUCAAAAGGAUGAAUUUGUUACGGCAUUUUUUACUGAUCAAAAUGUGAACUCCAGUUUAAAGUUGCUCUCAGCUUCAGGACAAUGGACUACAUUGGAUUCCAAAGUGAGAAGAGUUGAAGCUACAGUGGUGCCCUGUACACAGAUUUCCAUGGCAUUUUUUGACCGGCUAUACUCUGAAGGAGUUGUUAGAGAAACUGGAUAUAUUGUGAAAUGUUAUGAUGACUAUUAUGAUGAUAUUCUCAUUGCAGAUGAAUUAAGAAAGGUCUUACUUGUGGAAGACUCAGACCAUUAUGACUCAUUCAGUCAACUGGAUCGCAAGGAAUUUCUGUUCUGUCUUUUUAAGCAUCUUUGCAUUGGAGGAACUCUUUGCCAAUUUGAAGAUGUAAUUGGUCCAUACUUAGAAACUACAAAAGCUUUAUAUAAAGACCUGGUGAGUGUUCAAAAGAAUCCUGAAACAAAAGAAAUACAUGUUGUUUCUACAGUCUUCAGAGUGUCUGCAUAUGAUGACAAAGGCCUAUGUUAUCCUUCAAGCAAAAGCCACGAACAGACUUUUGCCUACUUGAUUGUGGACCCCUGCAAGCAACAUGUGCAUAUCCUGUAUCAUUGUUUUGGUGCAGGCUUAUUCAGUAACUAGUUACAAAUCUGACUGUUUCAUAAUGAAAGUGGCCUUCUCCGCAUGAAUUCAGGUAGAAAUUGCCUAUUUCUUAGGAAAAAAAGAACAAAAUGUGCUCUUUGAUUACCUACUCUGUAUGACUAUGCGUUCAUAUAGAUGUUACAAAGUGGUGACAGAAAUUUUUCAGUCUUUAAAAUGCACAAUUCUUGAAGCAGUUUUUCUGAGAGUUUUGUCUCCCCUCAAACUUUUUAUCUAGAAUCAUAGAAUCAGUCAGGAUUGGAAGGGACCACAAGGAUCAUCUAGUUCCAACCCCCCUGCCAUGGGCAGGGACACACUACCCGACAUCAGGCUAAUAAAAGGUGUUUCUCUA